AUGAAACCGACCUAUUACACCAGUUGUAAAUCAAUUAUCGCUGACGUGGCACAGCAUCCGUACGCGAUAAAAAUUGUGACUCCACCAGCCAGAGAAUUGGGGAUUCAUUGCCUUCCUCCGAACACCCAAUGCGGCGAAACGGUGGAGAUAGAGGGCGAGAGCUACGUGGUCCUGGGGGUGACGUAUCGGUACCGGCUACACAAGGGCCGGUACACAGCCAGGGAGCGCCAGCUGGACGUGCAGUCCAGAGGAAGGUUCCUCGUGAACAUGUACCUCACUGAUAUGCUGGACAGGUCGUGA